CGUGUACGAUGGCGAGGAGCACGGGCGCUUCAUGGAGAAGCUGGAGGCGCGGAUCCGCAACCACGACCGCGAGAUCGAGAAGAUGUGCAACUUCCACUACCAGGGCUUCGUGGAUUCCAUCACCGAGCUCCUCAAGGUCCGGGGAGAAGCCCAGAAACUCAAGAACCAAGUGACGGACACCAACCGGAAGCUGCAGAAUGAAGGGAAAGAACUGAUCCUGGCCAUGGAGGAGCUGAGGCAGUGCCGGCUGCAGCAGAGGAACAUCUCGGCCACGGUGGAUAAGCUCACGCUGUGUCUCCCCGUGCUGGAGAUGUACAGCAAGCUGCGGGAGCAGAUGAAAUCCAAGAGGCACUACCCGGCCCUGAAAACCCUGGAGCACCUGGAGCACACCUUCCUGCCCCAGGUGAGCCACUACCGCUUCUGCAAGGUGAUGCUGGACAACAUCCCCCGCCUGCGCCAGGAGAUCAAGGAGCUCUCCAUGUCCGACCUCAAGGACUUCCUGGAGAGCAUCCGCAAGCACUCGGACAAGAUCGGAGAGACCGCCAUGAAACAGGCACAGCAGCAGAGAAACCUGGACAACAUCGUGUCCCAGCAGCCCAGGAUUAGCGGGGGGAAGAAAUCCAAGAAGGAAUUCAGCGCCAGCUCCGAGCUGGAGGUGAAGAACACCAGCCCCAUGUCGGAGCAGGAUUCGGGGAUCCUGGAUGUGGAGGAUGAGGAUGAGGAGGAAGAGGUGCCCGGAGCCCAGGAUUUGGUGGAUUUCUCCCCGGUCUAUCGAUGCCUCCACAUCUACUCCGUCCUGGGAGCCCGGGAGACCUUUGAGAGCUACUACAGGAAGCAGAGGAGAAAACAAGCUCGGCUGGUGCUGCAGCCUCCCUCCAACAUGCACGAAACUUUAGACGGCUACAGGAAGUAUUUCAAUCAAAUUGUAGGGUUUUUUGUGGUGGAGGAUCACAUCCUGCACACGACCCAGGGCCUGGUGAACCGCGCCUACAUUGAUGAGCUGUGGGAGAUGGCCCUGUCCAAAACCAUCGCCGCCCUGAGGACUCACUCCUCCUACUGCUCCGACCCCAGCCUGGUGUUGGACCUGAAGAACCUCAUCGUGCUCUUCGCCGACACACUCCAGGGCUACGGCUUCCCCGUGAACCAGCUCUUCGACAUGCUGCUGGAGAUCCAGGACCAGUACAGCGAGACCCUGCUGAAGAAAUGGGCAGGAGUGUUCAGAAACAUCCUUGACUCAGACAACUACAGCCCCAUCCCGGUGUCAAAUGAAGAAGUUUAUAAGAAAAUCGUUGGACAGUUCCCAUUCCAGGAUGCUGAACUUGAAAAGCAACCCUUCCCAAAGAAGUUCCCCUUCUCGGAGUUCGUGCCCAAGGUCUACAGCCAGAUCAAGGAGUUCAUCUACGCCUGCCUCAAGUUCUCUGAAGACCUUCACCUCAGCUCCACGGAGGUGGAUGACAUGAUCAGAAAAUCCACAAACCUGCUGCUGACCCGGACCCUGAGCAACUGUUUACAGAACGUGAUCAAGAGGAAAAACGUUGGACUGACAGAGCUCGUACAGAUCAUCAUCAACACCACCCACCUGGAGAAAUCCUGCAAGUUCCUGGAGGAGUUCAUCACCAACAUCACCAACGUCCUCCCCGAAACCGUCCACACCACCAAGCUCUAUGGGACCACCACCUUCAAGGACGCCCGGCACGCCGCCGAGGAGGAGAUCUACACCAACCUCAACCAGAAGAUCGACCAGUUCCUGCAGCUGGCAGACUACGACUGGAUGGCCCUGGAGCCGGGCAGCCGGGCCAGCGACUACCUGGUGGAUCUCAUCGGCUUCCUNNNNAGCACCUUCGCCGUGUUCACCCACCUCCCGGGGAAGGUGGCCCAGACCGCCUGCAUGUCGGCCUGCAAACACCUCUCGACGUCGCUGCUGCAGCUGCUGCUGGAGGCCGAGGUGCGGCAGCUGACGCUGGGCGCCCUGCACCAGUUCAACCUGGACGUGGAGGAGUGCGAACAGUUUGCCAGAUCCGGCCCAGUGCCUGGGUUCCAAGGGGACACGCUGCAGUUGGCCUUCAUCGACUUGAGACAACUCCUGGAUCUGUUCAUCCAGUGGGAUUGGUCAACAUAUUUGGCUGACUACGGACAGCCCACGUGCAAGUACCUUCGUGUGAACCCCACCACAGCCCUCAUCCUGCUGGAAAAGAUAUCCCGGGUGAUGCGGGACACCAGCAGGAAAAACAACGUUUUCGCCCAAUUCCGGAAAAACGAGCGGGACAAGCAGAAGUUGAUCGACACCGUGGCCAAGCAGCUGCGCGGCCUCAUCAACAGCCACCACUCCUGAGGGGCUCGGGAUCUCCUUCCCGCCGCCUGGACUUCGGGAAUCUCGCUCGGAGAGAAGAUUUGUAUUUUUUUAUUCGCCUGGAAAGUCUCCGCGGAGCCUCCCCCCAACGGCAAAACGCUCCCGGUGGAACAAUCCCGGGAAAAGAGGUGGUGCCAGGGGUCUCCUGGAUAAGCUCCUAUUUUCAGGGGUUUAGGAAGGGAUGGGAAUUCUUGGAACCUGGGAGAAGUUCACACCCGGACUGGGUUGUGUUUUGGUUUUUGGGGGUUUUUUUUGGUUUUUUUGGCAAAGCCAAAGUGAAGGGAUCAUCCUGC